GAAUGAGUUAAAAAUGGCAAGUAGCUGUCUUAUAUAUACUGGGCACAAAAAAAAUUGAACAUAAUGAAGUACUUGUGAAGUAUCCUUAAGGAAGAAAAAGGUCUCUAUGUGGGAGUGUGAGGAAGGAUUAAAACUGAGACAGUUGUUAAUCCCCCUUCCUUCUUUUUAAAGAAGGACUUCUGAGUAACACUGGUGAGAGGAAUAUCACUAAUUAGAAAGACUUAGAGAUAAGAUCAUAUUGGUUAAAACAAGGCUAAUAACUCACCCUUUCAGGCUAAUUCUGCACUGCAAAUUACUUUAUCUUGCAUAAAAUACAGAUACUGGUUUCUUAGUUUCAUGUCUGCUUCUUUAGCCUUUUCUCCUCCUUUCCUUUCUCUGUAGAAAACUUUUUGGCGAGGCUAUUGAUGCAAAUUUGACCUUUAAGUUUUUGACUGAACAGCUCAUGUAUCAGGAAAUAGCUUAGAAUGUGCAAGAUAAUUUAUUGCAGGAAUUUGGUGCAUUUUAUCACUCUUUUAAAGUUCCAAGGUCUUUUAAAAUUCCGUAUCUCUGGUCUUACCCUUCACUGCAGGGAGGCUCUGCUUGUCAAGUGUCUGCGCGAGGUGCUCAAUGGUGAGGCUGAGAUGGUGGUUUUAAGUGCUUUGGUGUGUGAACAGUGAACAGCUAUCCAGCAGGGAGGGAGAUGUCCGUCUGUCUGUCUGUCUUUUUUUGUCUUGUAUCAAACUGUGUGUUAGGUGGCUUAGCAAGUGCCAGCAUGGAUAGCACUCCAGUGCUGGUCUCAUGUGAACAAGCCGCUCCCUUGCCCAUCCCUCUCCCUGCUGGCUGCCGAAGGGAGAUUGCUGAGCAGAGGGUGCAACUCCCUCCAUUUCCCCUGCCUGUUGCUUCUGUGGCCAUAUUAAUAAGGAGCAGUUGGAGUCACUCCGUUGGCUGUGGGCCAGCCUGUGCUGAAUGUGCAGCUGGAUGUGAAGACCACUCUAACACACAGGCGGGGAUGUGAGCCAUGGAGAAGGGCAGCACCAAAGGCACAGGCAUGGAAGAGAAGAUGGUUUGUGCUUCGGAGCGGCCGCUUAACCGGGGAUCCAGAUGUCUUGGAAUACUACAAAAAUGACCAUGCCAAGAAGCCUAUUCGUAUUAUUGAUUUAAAUUUGUGUCAACAAGUGGAUGCUGGAUUAACAUUCAACAAAAAGGAGUUUGAAAACAGCUAUAUUUUUGAUAUCAACACUAUAGACCGAGUUUUCUAUUUGGUAGCAGACAGUGAGGAGGAGAUGAAUAAGUGGGUUCGAUGUAUCUGUGAUAUCUGUGGGUUCAACCCUACAGAUGAGGAUGCUGUGAAGCCACCAGUUAGUUCUUUGCAACCAUCUGCUGAGUUACCCUUGCCCAUCAACACUUCACCACCUUCCAUGCAAGCAGAAUCUUCCCUUCCUUCUCCUUAUCGGCUUAUUAACAUCCCCCCUCUGGAGUCUUCCUCUGGUCAAGAAGAUCCUCAAGACUACUUACUGCUAAUAAACUGUCAAAGUAAAAAACCUGAACCUAUGAGCCAAGGGUCACCUUUUCUCUCAGAAGAAGGGCAGGAAUACCUGCUAUUAGAAGACUUUGAAAGUAAAAAGAUUCCACUGCAAUCUCAUGCUGACUCUGCAAAAUCCAGCUCUUCAGAAACAGACUGCAAUGAUAACCUGCCCUCCCACAAAAACCCUGCUCCAUCAGUGAGCAAGCAUGCUGUGAACGGCUUCUUCCCACAGCAGGGCGUCUACGAUUCCCCACCUUCUCGUUCCACGCUGAUGCUGGCAGACUCCAGCCUCUACAACCUGCCUAGGAGUUACUCCCAGGAUGUUUUGCCCAAGGCAGCAUCUCCAUCUGGGACUGAUGCCGAAGGAGAGCAACAUGUUUUCAAUACCCCAUCAGCAAUGUCAUUAGACGCACAGAUGAGGCACAUCUCCAUUAGCUAUGACAUUCCCCCCACACCUGGAGGUACUUAUCAGAUCCCACGAACUUUCCCAGAGGGAACAUUGUCUCAGACUUCAAAACUGGAGACUAUUCCAGACAUCCCUCCACCUCGGCCACCCAAACCUCACCAGGCGGCAGAUCGAUCUCCUGUGGAAACCUGUAGCAUCAGUCGCACUGCUUCAGACACUGACAGCAGUUACUGCAUCCCCGCCACAGGAGCGCCGCCCUCACGCAGUAACACCAUUUCAACGGGAGAUUUGAAUGUCUUCCGGAAAGAAAUUAGUUCUCAAGACUGUUAUGAUAUUCCACGAACGUUUCCGAAUGACAGAUCUAAUUCAUUGGAGGGCUUCCAUAACCACUUUAAAAACAGAAGCAUGUUGACAGUGGGAAGUGUUUCAAGUGAAGAACUAGAUGAAAAUUAUGUCCCAAUGAAUCCCAACUCUCCUCCACGACAGCAUUCCAGCAGCUUCACUGAAUCCAUCCAGGAAACAAACUAUGUACCAAUGAUACCAGGAACGUUUGAUUUUCCAUUAUUUGGAAAGCAAGUCCCUCCUCCUGCUCACAUGGGUUUCAGGUCCAGCCCAAAGACCCCUCCCAGACGGUCAGUACCUGCUGCAGAAUGUGAGCCACCACCAGUGGAUCGGAACCUCAAACCAGACAGAAAAGGUCAAAGUCCUAAAAUUUUAAGACCUAAACCACAUGGUUUAGAGCGAACUGAUUCACAAACCAUAGGUGACUUUACUACAAGAAGAAAGGCAAAACCAGCUCCACUAGAAAUAAAACCUCUGCCUGAAUGGGAAGAAUUACAAGCUCCAGUUAGAUCUCCUAUCACCAGAAGCUUUGCAAGAGACUCCUCCAGGUUUCCCGUGUCUCCCAGACCGGAUUCAGUUCAUAGCACAACUUCCAGCAGUGACUCGCACGACAGUGAAGAGAAUUAUGUAUCCAUGAACCCAAAUCAGUCCACUGAAGACCCAAAUUUGUUUGGAAGCAACAGCCUUGAUGGAGGAAGCAGCCCUAUGGUAAAACCUAAAGGAGAUAAACAAGUGGAAUAUUUAGAUCUGGACCUAGAUUCGGGAAAGUCUACCCCACCUCGUAAGAAAAAGAGCAGUGGCUCAGGAAGCAGCGUGGCAGACGAGAGGGUUGAUUAUGUUGUGGUGGACCAGCAGAAAACACUGGCCCUGAAGAGCACGCGGGAGGCGUGGACUGAUGGCAGACAGUCUACGGAGUCCGAUACACCCACAAAAAGCAUGAAGUGAAAACACUGCCUUGUCUUCAAGGAACAAAGUGAAUUUUGAAGAAUCACAGAACCACAGUGGCAGUGAUGUUUGGCUGUACAGUAUCUGAUUCUCCGGGGUGGGAAUCAGUUCCUCACUGAAUAGGAUGGAAGCCAAAGGACACUUAGAAUAUAUCAAAGGAACUUUAAGAUCAUGAAUUUGCUCUGUGGUAUCUGGAAAAAUCACUGUAAAUAACGUGUAAAAUAAUAUCACUUAGCUUUCAGAAAGCCUUUUGUUCUGUAGUUAACACAUUUGUAGUAUUACUGUGUUUAUGCACUUUUUCAGUUACAAUGUUGGUUCAGGUAUUCCCAGUUAGUGUACCUUAAUGCCUAAUUCAUCUGGAGAAUUCUUUUUUCCUUACACUACUAUUCCUUACAAUUUUAGGUUAAUUAAGCUACAUAUAGCUACGGAAAUUAAUAUUUGAACUUCAUUUUAACAACUCAAAAUUGAUUUUGCAGAAAUACUUUCACAAUUGAAUAAUCUACUUGAAAUGCCAAGAGACAACCGUUAGUUACAAACUCGUUUAUAUUUAAUACACACAAGAUUAUUUGGAAGUCUACAGGUUACCUUCCUAACAAAAAAUUGCUGUGAGUUAAUAAUAAUGAACUGGUCUGUGUUUAGACCUAAAAUCCUGGCUUAUAUGUUAGUUGUUAGUGGUAGAACUUCUAUUGUAUUUUAUUGAUGACAGUGUUCUGUGUUCAAUGGGUGAAGAUUCUGCAGGGUAGGAUCUUACACUUUCAAAGACUGAAUAAUUAAAUGUCAAGUAAGCCUGCAAACCACUGAUGGCAUGCAGUAAUAUUGUGAUCUCACACUUAUUAACAAGAAAUAACCUUUAUAUUAUUUACAGAAGGUAGAGUAUAUAAAUCAGGUACGUACCAAGCACUGUUGUGCUAACACACUGAUCAGGUUUAGACAAUGAGCUUUAGUUUUGUACUGUUUAGAAGUUCUAAUGUCAAUUUUCAGUUCAAGAUUAAUGGGACAAUUUGACAUUCACUUUUUGUAGUACUAGCAAAAUACUGUGAUUUUGAAUUAGACAUUAAUUCAAAUGGAAAUACUAUGUUUUAACACCAUAGUGCCCUUCUUAUGAGCUCUAUUUUACUUUAAUCUCCUGCUUGGCCUUAUAUUUAAAUCCCUAUGCAACUGAUAUUUUAUAUCUCUGUUUUUAAAAAUUAGAUAAUAUACCUAAAUGAUCCCCUUGUAAACCACUUGUUGCUCUUUCCUGGUACAGGAUUUUAAGCUCUGCAUACUGUGAUCCUUUAUUUUACUAUGCCAGUUCCAAAUAAUAAUCUGCCUUGGUUUAGAAACAUUUUUUUUGUUAUUUGGAAGAAGAUAGAAUUCUUUAAAUGUGUGAAUGAGUUAGGUCUAGAUAGAAAACUUACUAACACUUUUGUUUUAUACAAAUGCCCUCAAGUAAGUGAUUGGUUUCAUUUUCCUGCCAAAUUGUUUUGUUUUGUCCAGAUCAUUUAAAAGUUGAGCAUAAAGCUACAUUGUUUUCUGGCAUGUUGGCCUUCGUACUGUGCCUAAUCUACCAUCGGUUGUUUCUGUCCCCUCACAGCCACAAUCUACAGUAUGUAAAUUAUCUUAUUCUUAACAAAGGUUCUUUUAAAAUUAGUAAUAUUUUGAUGCUUUGAAUGUUCAUUUUAAAAAAGAAACUAAACACAAUGCAUUUUGAGGUGAAUUUUAAAUAAAUCAAGUUGUUCAGUUUUUAUGUGUAAACUCUGUCCUGUGAAGCAGCAAACAGAUGUCAGUGUGUCUGGGGAGGUGCUUGGAUACCAACCACGUUUUGUCAGAAUUGUAGAUUAUCUCCUAGUACCUCUCAAGAAAAAAAUGUACAGCUAGAACAAUUUUUAACAUGAAACUCUGAUUUAAAACUCUGUACUAAGAAGCCAAAUAAUGUGAAUUCCCACUCCUCUGGGAGCCAGGAGAAAAUCAGUCUCCUAGGCUGGCCUCUCUUGCUGAGGCAGUGGUAGAAAGUGGGUUUGCUCUAGGUUUGCUGAUUUUCUUUUACUGAUAGUCCUUUAUAGAUUACAGUUACUCUUUCUUCAUUUAAAAUUUGGCAGGAUUAACAACAUUAUUUGUUAUUAUGAUUGCAAAGCCACUCUUAAUUUGUUUUGUUAAGGAAAACGGGAGUUUCCACACUGUACAGAGAAUGUAACAUUUUCUAAGUAGCAUUCUACAAUUUGUCUUUAAUUAGAUUUCUAAGCAGUUUUUUCCCCAGUAAUAUUCCAGUAUUACAUUUUCCAUACUUACAUUUUGUCCAUGGUAUGUCCAUAAUCAGAGGUGUGAUAUUAACUUUUGAUGGUACAUCUCUUUUUCAUCAGGAGCUUCACAGUGCAGAACUAUCUGACCUCUUAGAUGGUCUAAGGAUGUGAAUAUAAAAUUGAAAAUGUGACUUCUAAAGUUGUAGGUGAUAGAAAGUGAAGCUUUCUAUCAGCCCUGUGUCACUUCCAGGUACUAGCUUGUGGGGAUACUCUAGUUGGAGGCAAACUUGUGGAAACUCCAGUAGUUACUGGAGUAUGCAAAAGUAGCUUGACAGUGUUGCUUGUCAAGUGUUCUUUUUUCAAAUAGGUAAGUUUUUCCUUGUUUCACUCAUACUAUAUGUUACGAGUUGCAGAUACAGUUUUCCUUGCGGUUAUGCAUCAUUAUAAUUUGCAAAUGUAUAUGUGCAAAAUGUCUUUUACAAAUACACAAUAUCUUACUCUUAAAAAUCAAAAGAAAGCUUGAUGCCUUGUGCACAAAGAUUGACUUGAGAGGUGAUUUGGUAUUAUUCCAUGGUGUGAUCUGAACAUUUCUUUAUCUGGUAAGUACCAAUGGCCACACUUUUACACACUGUGAUAUAAUCACUAUUACCUCAUUAAGUGCAGGUGCAAACACAGCUGCUCUGCUCCACUAAAACUUUGUAAUGUGACAUUGAAAAAGGUGAAAAUGUAAUCAUUAGUCUUUUUUCUUUACUGACAUUUGUGUUUAUGUAAAAAAAAAAUAAUAAUCCAUUCAUGCAGACAGUUGUGACAUAGUGCCACACUUAGGGAGUACAGACAAAUUACAGUAUGGCUGUUUUGAUAAAGUAAUUUAGAAUUCAUCACUUCUUGUAGCUAAUUAGGCAGUGAUGGGCACCUCUGUAGGUUUUGCAGUGCUUUAUGAGCCAAGCAAGAUUUUUACCACUGUGCAAUAUAAGUUUAGCUGUUACUGCAGCAAUAAAUUUUUAUAUGUGUGUGUGUGUUUAUAUAUGUAUGUAUAUAUACAUACAUACAUACAUAUAUAUAUAUAUAUAUACACACAUGCAGUACUCAUGCAAAAGUACUUUGGAAACUUAGCAGCCAUGGACAGAAGUUCCAUUCCCUCCUUUGCUAUAGAGCCUUGUGUCAUGAAAAGUGAAUGGAUGUUUAUUUGCUCAAGGAUAUCAAUGUGCAAUUUGGACAGCAGUAGUGUCAUUUCAUCUAUUGAAAUAUUUCAUACCUGUAGUUCUUAAGAAGCUCAGCACUUUCCACAAGUGAACUUAAAUUUGGAGAUUAUCCUCCGUGUUUCCUACAUCUGCUUUUGAUGUGUAUUGCACAUUGUGUAUUGCAUCAAACUGUUUCUUAAAUGCUUAUUUAUUGUUUGUUGUAUUACUUUGGGAUACUAGUAUGGCCCAUGACCACAAAAAAGGGUGCUUGUCUAGCAAUUAGUGUUCGACAGAAUCAUUGUGUUGAUUGGGUGUACAUGAACCAAAUCCCAAGCAAUGAGGUUUCUGGCUUUUUGCCUUAAUUGAACAAACAUUUUGAAUUCAGCUCUCAGCCUGACAAGGUGCAGAGUGGGAUACAAAGAAAAGGUGUUGAGAGGGUUAUGAACAAUGUCUUUGAUAUUUUAAGCUUUCCAGAAUAUGUUUAUGGUUCCGCAGCCCUGAUGUUAAUUUUCAGUAGUAAAAGUGGGAGGAGAACAGGUAUUGGAUGUAUGACCAGUUGAAAGGUUUUUGCCAUCUCGUUGUUAGGUAAACAGAGCUGGACUAUUCUGAUGCUAAUGGUUCUCUUUCUAGGUGGUCUAGAAAAGAAAAUUUACAUGGUUUAUUUGAAAGGGAUGAUCUAUGUUUGCUUCAGCUUUUUUAUAAGAAGCAGGUUAGCUGAAGUGUACAAUUGUGUUAUCUGCUGUGCACACACAGAGAAUAUUUAAUACACUAAAAUGAAAUAGAAAAAAUUCCUGUACAGUUUAGAACAUAAAGCACCAAUUGGUAAAAAGGAGACUCUCAAAGUUUUCCUGCAAUUAUAAAGCCAGCACUUGUAGUAAUCAUCAUGAUUUGCUCUUGAAAAUUCUCCCAGGAUCUCUCAUCAUUGCCAAGCCUUUUCCUGGUAAGUUGUAUCUGCAGUGAAAUAAAUAAGAAAAUGUGUAUCACAUUUUCAGAAAGGCCAAUCCUUGGCCUUAAUAAGGCUAAUCUUAAUAAGAUUUUAAUAAAUGCUCUUUGAGGUCCUGGGUUUAAUGUGUUUGUGGGGAAUUUACACAAGGUACCCAGACAGCCUGAUUAUUUUAAUCAGAAGGCCAGAAGAGGAGGAAAAUAUAAAUAUGCCUUAUUUUACCUGAAUUCCUACCAGACUUUAAAAUAUGUAAGUUUUCAUAUUUCUAUGUGCUUUUCAGGAAAUAUACUUUAGAGAAAGGAAUCACUACUUGUGCACUUGUGCUGGUUUUUGCACAAUUAUAAACUAUGCAAACUAGCUGAAAUAUUUAGUGUUUUUUUCUUUUUUCAGUAUGUGUUAGAGGUGAUGGAUGCAGGCCUGGGAGUUUAGAGAUGCCUCAGACUGGCCUGCUAGUGUACCUCAGUCUGGAGUUAAUUGCAUCAAAACAGUGAUUCAACCCUCUGCUGAGGUGAUCUUCAUAGUAAUAAUUAUAAAUCAUGGUGUGCAUAUUUAAUUAUUUUUAAAAAAUUAAUCAUAAUUGAAACCCAAAUGUUGAGAAACAAAUGCUAUUUAGAGUUCAGCUUCCUAACUUAGGCAUAAAGCAGCAUUUGAAAAUGCAUUAUGUGUAACAGGGUUCAAAUUCCCCAGGCACACAAAACCAUUUAGGAUGUUUUGAGGAGCAGAAUUUAAUAUUCAAGGCACUGCUGUCCUCUUUAAGUAAGUGAAAGUUCCAAGAACUUUUUUAUAAUCUAAUUUCUACUCAAUUAUGUGAAUAUAAGUUUAGGACUAAAAUUUGAAAAAUACUCCUUGUGUUUUACCUAUUUUUUUUCCUCCAUAAAUGAAAGAAGUGAUGAUUCUUAAGACAUUUUUGCCUUUAGCUCUACUCACUGACAGCCCAAUAUGAGGAAGCACAAAAUAGACUUAGCCCUUGAACUUUUUAAAAAGAAGGAAAAAAUAAAGGAGCCACCCAGGACCAGGAUUUAGGCUCUGAACCCCUCAUACACCAUUGGAUGUAGCUGCCCCCAUUUCCAGUGCUUGGUUUAGAAGCUGGGACGCAGAUCCUAUGGCCAGUACAAGGGAAGCACAACAAACUCUGAAAAAGUGGUUUGCUUAAAAACAAUAUCAAGAGUUGAAGAAAAAAUUUAGUUUUGGAGAGGGUUAGUAGGUUGGUUUACUCUGUGUAAAAUGAAUAGGAUAAUAUUUAAGAUUGUGAUGCAAGUAUACCUCAGUACUACCCUUUGAGAGCUAUGCUGUAUCUCACUACGAAUAUGAUUGUUCACCCCAGUUUUUUGGUAUCUGUGGUCUGUAUUUUUUGUAGAGCAUUUGGUGUACCAGCAGAAGGGCAAUCUUUGAAGUCUGGGAUCAAGGAACAGAAAAUGUUGGCUCCCAACAACUUUUUAGGUUAAGGGAUAAAUUUCCAAUGGAUAGUUCUAAGAUCUUGAGAUUUUUUCCUUUAGUAGAUGCAUUGUGUAUAAGGAUGGAAACUUGAAAUUAAUUGAGCAGUUAUUGUUCUGUAACUGGGAUGUCAUUCUGCUUAUAAAAAAAACCCAAGCAAAAUUUUAAAAAAUGUAAAUUAUUUAAAAAUAUUCAUUCUGUGCACACAAUGUCAGACUUUUCUCUUACUAGUUUUUAUCUCCCCUGCAUUACAAUGAUUUGAAUAAAUGCUUUUACAUUUUCUCUAGGACACUUAGUUCUUUGGUGAAGUCUUACUUUGAUUUCCUGUGUCUUUCUGACAUGAUUUUUCCCCCAACUAUUCUCUUUAAUUAAAGGAGGGUUGAAAACCAAUUACUUUUUUAAAAGCUGCCCUGUUUUUUGUGAGUGAGCAGGAGGUCUUUCUAAUGUAGCAAAUCUCUGCUGCAAUUCAGAAUAAUCACUACUGCAGAAAGGAAUUCAGACGAUGUAUACAAAGGAGUAACUCCAAAGCAGUGACUUUAGGCUAAUACAAAAGGCAUAUUCAUGUCUAAAGGGCUCAGGAAAUACAUGUGGCAGAAAACAACCACAGCCCACAGCACACAUGAGAGCCCACCAUUUUUGCGAUGAAAGCUGUGGUAGCAACCCCUGCAUGUCCUAUCUAUUCUGAUGCUAUAUUUACAGGAAAGUAGAUAUUUGUCAAUGUUAAUCGUCAAAGUGUUUUUCCAAGUCUUUCAUGAGUAUUUAAGUAUCUAAACACUGUGGGGAAAAUUGGCCCAGAUCACAACUGAAGAGAAACAUAGCAGCAUAUGAAAGGCAAGGAAACUGUGAAAAUCAGAUAAAGAUGCCAUGACAGAGGCAUCAAUGUAUGAAAUUUGGGUGUAGAGGCUGUCUAUAUGUGCAAUACAACUAGAGCUCUUACUUAAGGAUUAAAACUGCCCAUGUACUUAAAAUAGAAAAAUUGAAGUAUUAGGUCUUGCUUAAAAAAACAACAACUUCUUUGGAUUUAUACCUACCUUUCACUGAAGGUCUGUAUCCAACUUCUUAAAGUCCCUUUUUUCUCUAAGAACAACAGCAGCAGGAGGAAGUCUUGAUAAUCUCAACACUCUUUUCCAACCUACUUAAUUCUGUGAUUCAAUAAAUCAGGUGGCUUAGCUGCUGUGCCAAUAGGUGAAUGAAGUAAGUUUACCAAAAGCCUUUCCUUGCCCUGUCUCCCUCUGGUUGCAGUACUGUAAGGUGAAGAGUGAACUUCAUGAAAGGAAAAAGGGCCAGGGCAGAACCUGGUUGCUGAGAGGGAAAAGAACCCAGAGUUUUGAAAAGGGAAGGAUCUGUGUGUAGUAAAGUGUUUGUGCAUUAUUUUUUAUACAAAAAUGUGUCUUGCAUAUUGAAAAAAAAAUAUAUUUUUGCCUUUUGGUUAAGCCUUUUCAGUCAUAGCAGUAAAAAAAUCUAAUCAGAAAUAAAAUCUAAAAGCAUUUUACUUAU